UAUGGCAAUCUACAAAAUAUAGACUUGUCCAGAUUCCAUAAAUACUGAAAUGAAAGGAAACUGCAUAACCCAUUUUCUAUUUCUAUGAAAACUCUCUUUUCCCCGCCAACAAAACUUAAGAACCCCAUGGAUUCUUCUUCCAUGAAAACGUUCCUUCCCAAUCUUGCUUUCUUCUCCCUUGUCUUCGGCGCCGCCGUCGUCUAUCUCUUUGUCUCGUCGUCACCCUCUUCAUCCGCUAACCUUUUACUCGCUAUUCAACAACACCGUAUAUCCAGCUCAGAAUCUUACAACGUUAUGAAGUUUCCUAUAGACGAACUGGAAUUGUCUUUGAGAAAAGCUUCAAUGCACAACAAAAACAAAACCGUCAUCAUCGUGAUUCUCAACAAAGCAUAUGCAGAACCAACCGUAAAAUCCGAAACCACAAUGCUCGAUCUUUUUCUCGAGAGCUUUUGGGUAGGGGAGGACACCAUUCCACUUCUGGAUAAUUUACUCCUAGUGGCCACCGAUCAGACAGCGUACGAUCGGUGCAUGUUCAAGCGCUUAAACUGCUAUAAAAUGGAAACAGACGGCGUUGAUUUCGGUGGAGAAAAGAUUUUCAUGUCUAAAGAUUUUAUUAAGAUGAUGUGGAGGAGGACUCUUCUACUCUUAGAUGUCCUCAACCACGGCUACAGUUUCAUUUUCACGGAUGCAGAUGUAAUGUGGCUAAGGAAUCCGUUUCCUAGAUUAAGCAAGAAUGAGAGUAUAGAUCUCGAAAUUAGUACAGACUGGUUUAACGGGGAUCCACUUUCGCAAAAGAAUAUGAUUAACACAGGUUUUUACUACGUGAAAUCAAACAACAAGACCAUUGCAUUAUUUGAAGACUGGUACUCUAGAAAAGACAGCGAUAUUGGCAGAGGCAAAAAAGAACAAGAUGUUCUAUUAGACCUAAUGCGGGAGGGUACAUUUGAGCGGUUGGGCAUUAAUGCGAGGUUCUUGGACACUGUCUACUUCAGUGGGUUUUGCACUGAUAGCAAAAAUGUAAGCGCAGUAACCACUGUCCAUGCCAAUUGCUGUCGGAGUAUAAGUGCCAAGGUGCGUGAUCUAAGAGCUGUUCUGCGCGAUUGGAUGCGGCUCAGUUCUCAGGCUGCUGCUAACCAUACUUUUCAAUGGACAGGACAUUUUGGAUGCUGGAAUUCCUGGAAUACCUCUUCUGUUUGAGUUUAUUUUACUACGAGAACAUAUAGUUAUACGGAUUCAAAUAUUUAUGUUGUAUACUUAAUUUUAUAUAUACUCUUCCCGUCCUAACAGAGCUGUUAAUUUUUUUUUA